AAUUAAAAUUUGCCUCUUCAGCCCAAAACCCUGAGAUUUUUGGGAGAAUCUCUGUGACACUCAUUUCUUUCUAGGGAAAGAAACAAAAUGGGUUCGGAGAUUAUACUCUGUGAUGGCUUCGAGGUGGUUCCUCCGCCGAUAAACGAUGUGAUACUCUUCGGAAGGGACCAAUCUGUAUCAAGUUGCGAUGUAUCAACGAUCACUACCGAAGAAGACGGCACUGUUUUUUCCGGUGAUAGUUCGCCGGGAGGUGCAGCUGAAGAGGAUUGGCCUGAAGAUAAAUCUUUAUCGUUUUACUUUGUUAAGCAACCAGCUUACGAUGAUCCCGAGAUCCAAGCCAAGAUCGAUGAAGCUGGUCAUGAGAUUAAGCACUGUAAUCAACUCCGUAUUGGUGUCUCCAGUGCUCAGAAAUCCGAAAAGGCUGAGAUUUCGUCUUUGUUUUCACAUAUGGUGAGUUUGACUCCUAAAUCAGAAGGAUAUAGAGUGGUUUUUGAAGAGAAGAAGAGGGAAUUUGAUACUCUACAAGAAGCUUUACGGAAUCUCCGGUGCUCUACUAGUGAUCAACUUUGUUUUUCAAAGGAGGAACUCGAUCAUCUUAUUUAUAUAGCUCAUUAUCAGAUUGAACAUGGUAGCAUUGGUUUGGAGGAAGAAGAUUGGGUGCUUAAGGAGACCGAGAAGCAUGAUGGGAUAGUUCUAAGUGAGGAUUCUCUUGCGGAGAAAGAAGCUUCCAUAAACCGUGUCAAGUCUAAGGCCGUGGAAUUGUAUGAAGUAAAGAAGGACCUCGAUGCGAUUACAUGGAAGAUAAACCUCUUGGCUGAAAAAAUGGGGAAGGGUCGGAACAAGAUCAAGAUUUUGGAUGUAGAACUGGCACACAUACUUGAGAAGAGGGACAGAUCCUAUGAAAGGAUUAGGAUGUUGAGGAUACAACGAGACAAAGGGAAUGCCGCCUUUUUCGAGAGCCUUCCUGUUAUGAGGAAAGCUAAAGAACUGGCUGCUUCUGGAAAUGUUAGAGAUCUUGAAGUGUUUGCCAACUCUGAGGUUGAAAGAUUCAUGACUCAUUGGAAUGAUGACAAGGCUUUUAGGGAUGAUUACGUAAAAAGAAUCUCGCUUUCACUUUGUGAAAGACAGCUGAACCAAGAUGGCCGGAUUAAAGAUCCUGAAGUUAAGGUUGUUGGGGAAAAGCAAGUGCCGGUUAAGACUAUGAAGGGAGGCGAGAAGGUUCACAAGACGAAUAGAGAAGAUUCCAGCUCCAACUCGUCUCAAGAUGGAAGUGUAAUUAUAGAUAAACCGAAACAAGAAACGAGGAAAAAGGCGAUGGACUUCAACAGGUCGAGUGCUGAGGAGAGUGAUGUUAUAAAUUUGGAAUUCCCGGUCUAUGAGAAACCAAAGAAGGAAGAAGAAGAGGUCGAUGAAGAAACUUUGAAGGAGAGGAAAAGAGAAGAGCAGUUAGAGAAAGCUCGGUUAGCGAUGGAAAGGAAGAGGAAGCUGCAAGAGAAAGCUGCUGCUAAAGCUGCUAUAAGAGCUCAAAAGGAAGCUGAAAAGAAACUCAAGGAGUGUGAGAAAAAGGCUAAGAAGAAAGCUGCAAAUUCUUCUUCUCCUUCAGAAUCAGACCAAUCACAAGAAGUAAUCAAUGAGCUGGAAAAGGUUAGGACUUUAGCUGUUUUAGGGAAAGAGAAACACCAAAAGGAGAGAUCAUUGUUUCCAAAGCAGAGAAGUUUCAGGUACAAACACCGCGGAAGAGGAACCGAAGCUCUCCCUAAGGCAAUCCUAAACCGUAGAAGGGCUCAAAAAUAUUGGGUUUGGGGACUUUCAUCUGCUGCACUUGCUGUCGCACUCUUCCUUGUGGUUUUACUUCUACGGUAAACUGGGAAAGGAAAGAGACAUUAAAAAGGUUUUGACUCU